GGGUGUCUCUACUGAGUCUGCUGCCCCCACGACCCGGUCCCGGAUGAAGUGGACAAGCACAAGGUAGCUGUGAGGAAGCUCCAAUCAGCAGGUGAUGUGCGGUCUACAUGUAAACCAGGACGGUUCUGUAAGGUUCCUGUUAGAAAUCAGGUGGAGAAGGCUAUGUGGAAACCAAGGAUAGACAAACUCCAAGGUGGUAGCCAGAGGAAGAGUUCAUGUUCACAGACACGGCAGAAGUUGCAGGAAGUAGGCGGGACUCUGCCCGCCUCUGGAGCCACAGCUCUUUACACCUGUCUGGUUCUGUUUGUGGUGCUCCUCCUCAGAAGGAAAGGGUGGCAUCUUUCCUCCAGGGGGAACGUCUUUACACAUAAGGGUCCCAGACGAGACUUCAACUAUUCUCACUAAAAUAUGGCCUACCCAGUCAGACUGAGACUGCUGCCCAUCGCCAGGUGUUUAUUUGAUGAGCCCAUUGUGGUGAAAAUUGAUGGGCUGAGGUCCAAGCAGGUGGUCUCCAUCAGAGCCAGGACUACUGAUGAGAGAGGGGUGGUGUUCAGUUCCUCGGCUGCCUACAGAGCAUAUGCUGGUGGGGAGAUCGAUCUGAGCAGAGACCCCUCAAUCGGUGGGAGUUACACUGGAGUUGAACCUAUGGGUUUGCUGUGGUCAAUGAAACCACAAAUCUUACACAAAGACUUUCGUAAGACCAGAGUUUUGGAUCCUGUGAUGGUGAAUUUCUCUCUUCAUGACGAGGAGGGCAGGAUGUUAGCAGAAGUGACAAAUGAGAGGUUUCUGAUGGGAGAUGGAGUCAGCAGAGUUCCUGUCCAAGAAGGGAACAUUAAUGGAGUCCUGUUUACCCCUCCAGGAGAAGGUCCAUUUCCAGCUGUGUUGGAUCUGUGUACCACGAUGUCUGAGAAAAGAGCCUGUCUGCUGGCCAACAAAGGCUUCGUUACUCUUACUGUACCUGUGCAUUCAGGCAGACCCCAACAAAUUCACCUGGAUCAUUUUGAAGAUGCAGUGCAUUUCUUACAACAACUACCUACGGUGAACAGUAAAGGAGUUGGGAUUGUAUCGAGAUCAAAGGCAGGAGAUAUUGCUCUUUCUCUCGCUGCUUUUGUGAGAGGUGUUAAGGCUGUGGUUUGGAUCAACGGCUGCUCAGCCAAUGCUCUUCUACCGCUGUACUAUAAGAACAGACUACUUCUUCCUGCUUUAAUGUUUGACCGUGAGAAACUGUUUUCUACUAACUCAGGGCUCGUCAUUUCCAAGUAUGCAAUGCAUGAUCCUCUUAAGACAGAGGGCAGGGACAGCUUGGUCCCAAUUGAACGAGCCUGUGGAAGUUUCCUCUUUGUGGCUUCGGAAGACGACCUCACCUGGGACAGCAAGGCCUAUAUGGAGAACAUGGUGGAGAGACUAACGAGUAAUGGGAAGGAGAACCUUGAAACUGUAUGUUAUCCUGGAGCUGGGCACCUUUUAGAGCCCCCUUAUGGACCAUUCUGCUCCUCUUGCAUGCAUCACUUUAGCAGAUUGCCAGUUCUGUGGGGGGGUGAACCCCGAGCCCAUGCUGCAGCUGAAGUCCACCUGUGGAGGAAGAUCCAGGAGUUCCUCAAGACCCACCUUAGCUGUGAAGCUGCUCAGACCAAACCCCAGUUGUAGACCCAAAAGGAUGAUCAGGAUGACAUUUAAUCAACAAAAUAGCUUGAUCAAAUGCUGAAAAGAUUAGUCAGUGGAUGGGCAGGGAAAAUUGGCGAGACAUUUAAUGUGACUGUGAUCUCUAAAUUAAAACACUUGCUGUCAGUUCAUAUGAUUUCUGUUGUGAAUAAUGGCUGAACAGUUUCAACAAAACUCACAGAGUGACAACAGUUGUGUUUAUGUAAAUGUAAAAUGUAAUUUGUAAGGUUGUGCUAACAAAUAGGUCUACACUCAAUAAAGGUGAUAUUUUUUGCA